GGGAGGAAUAGCCGCUCUUGCAACUUUUCUCGCUGGUGGGGUAUAGUCUAUCCGCCGCAGGAGGACCAUAGUCGCCAGGACUCUAUGGUCUGAGUUUGGUGUUUACGGGGCAGCCGGACGGGACCUGCCUGGAUCGAUUCGCUACAGCCUGACGGGUCAGAGCUGGUCUCGCUGUUCCCAUGAUGGCCCUGCCUGCUGCCCAGUGUGCAUGGGGCCUGCUCCUAACCUUUACCUUCUACAUGGGCUCUUCCUGCACUGACGGUGCCUCCGUCCUUAAACACCACAACUAUUGCAUCAUUGGUGCUGGCCCCUCAGGCUUGCAGAUGGCCUAUUUCCUCCAACGUGCAGGCCGGGACUAUUUGGUCUUUGAGCGUAGCCAUGCGCCUGGCAGCUUCUUUGCCCUUUAUCCACGCCAUCGCAAGCUCAUCAGCAUCAAUAAACGACACACUGGCAAGUCCAACAGCGAGUUCAAUCUUCGCCAUGACUGGAACUCCCUUCUCAGCCAUGACAGCCGACUGCUUUUCCGACACUACUCUCAUGACUUCUUCCCUGAGGCUGACACCAUGGUGCAUUACCUUGAAGACUUUGCUUCUAUGUUGGAGCUCCGGGUUCAAUACAACACUGCCAUCAUCCGUGUGAGACUGGAGAGGGACUCACAGGCAUGGAAUGGCCAUUACUUCAUUCUUACAGACCAUAACAGCCAGAACUACAGAUGCAGCCUAUUGUUGGUAGCCACUGGAACAUGGGUUCCCAAUGUGGUAAACUUCCCCGGCUCGGAAUAUGUUGAGGGCUAUGAAUCUGUGUCCAUCAACCCAGAGGACUUUGCUGGCCAGAGUGUGUUGAUCUUGGGUCGGGGAAACUCUGCCUUCGAGACAGCAGAAAACAUUCUGGGCGUCACCAAUUUCAUACACAUGGUGAGCCGCUCCCGCGUUCGCCUCUCUUGGGCCACCCACUACGUUGGAGAUUUAAGAGCAAUUAACAAUGGCCUCCUAGAUACAUACCAGCUGAAGUCUUUGGAUGGGCUCCUGGAGGGUGACUUGGAAGAUCUGGCUAUUGUCAAGGAUAAAAAAGGGAAGCUGCACAUCACUCUCAAAUUCUAUCUGGAGAACAGCAACAGCAGUGCAGGUGCAGAAUCCAUCACUCUCCCACAGGAUGAGCUGGACAACUUUGCCACCCGGGCACCCUACGACCGUGUCAUCCGCUGCCUGGGUUGGAAGUUUGACUUCUCCAUAUACAACAGAUCUCUUAGACUGAUGCCAGGGAAAGGGAAUAAGAAGAAGUAUCCUCUGAUCAAACCCAGUUAUGAGUCAAGAGGCACCCGGGGGCUCUUUGUUCUGGGCACUGCUAGCCACUCUAUCGACUUCAGGAAAUCUGCUGGGGGCUUUAUCCAUGGAUUCCGAUAUACAACUCGUGCUGUCCAUCACUUGUUGGAACAUCGUCAUCACGGAGUCCCCUGGCCAUCAUCAGUCUACCCCAUUACACAGCUGACAAAUUCCAUCAUCAAACGGGUGAAUGAGGCGUCUGGACUAUACCAGAUGUUCAGUGUCCUGGGUGACAUCAUUCUGCUGAGAGAGAAUGCCACGGCAUUUGAGUACCUGGAGGAGUAUCCAGUCGGGAUCCUGGCAGAGCUGGAAUUGCACACAGGGAGAAAGGCCCACAACGGGCUCUUUGUUGUCAUCAUGGAGUAUGGGAAGAAUUUCUCUGGGGCUGACAAAGAUGUCUUCUACUACAACCGAGCAGUGGGGGAGGCACAACAUGCCUGGCAGUCUAACUUCCUGCAUCCUGUUAUUUAUUACUACAAACGACUCCCCACAGUGCGUGAGAUGAGGCUUCGUCCUCCAGACUGGCCUCUCCCCCGCCCGGAUGCUGUCCAUCAUAUUGUGGAGGAUUUCCUGACAGACUGGACUGCCCCAAACGCCCAUAUCCUCCCACUUAGACGCUUCCUGGAGAAUUGCCUGGACACUGACCUGCGCAGCUUCUUUGCAGAGUCCUGUUUCCUGUUUGCUCUGACUCAUCAGAAGCUGCCUCCCUUUUGUCAGCAGGGAUACAUGCGAAUGCAAGGGCUUGUGGGUAACGAAAGACUUAGGCACCAUGCAGUGGAAGCCGGCCUACUGGAGGACCACACUGUUAUGCACUUUACAGAUGAACUGCUUGGUGGCCAGAGAGGUUCACGUGACCAGUUGCUGAAGGAUCACGUGAUACCAGGUAGCCCCCUACAUUAUCUUGUGACUACCAAGGAUGAACUUUAA